CAAUUUUUACAGUAAAUUUCGUAAUGGCUGUUAAAAUAAAGAAAAUUUGGCAAUAGGGAGAAAAUCGCAAAACUUUUUUCUCGAAGAAAGUUUUUCUUACAAAAUAAUUUUUGUCCCGAAGAGGAGCCACGCCAUUCGCAAUAAGUGUAUCAAGGCUUCCCUGCAUAUUGUAAAGAAUUUGACGCGAGAAUUUCCAGGGGGUGGAUGGCGGCACUCUAUUGGUCUAGAUCAGGGGUGUGAUGACAUCACGCCGGAGUUCGUUGACCAGACGGAGAUUUUUUUCGGCGGGAGUCAGCGUGGUGUUGGGCUAUGUGAUGCUGUGUUGUGUUAGGUGGUGUUGAAAGUAAAAGACCUUGAUGCCUUGUGAUGGUGUUCUAACUUGUGGAUUAAGAUAAUGGUCGUGGAAUGGAUUUACAAAUAUUGUAAUGCUUAAUUUGGAGGGGAAUUAAAGAUUUCCAUAUUAUCCAGGAUUGAAAAAAUUUAUCAAUGAAAUGGAAACUUGGAAGUGUGAUGUUUGUGCUAAAUCUUUCACUGGAUUAGUUUGUUUCAAGCAGCAUGAAGCAAGCGAGAAACACAAGAAGAAAAUGCAAAUGAUAAGUGGUGUUACUUUUGAAGCAUCUAAUCCAGUUAUUCCAGAUUCAGCAAAUUUUAAUUGUUCUGUAUGCACGAUUUUUAUUUCAGGAUGGGAAAAUUUUCAGAAACAUGUUAAUAGCUUAGAGCAUGCUAUUAUGAUUCAGAGGAAAAAUAACGAUUUGCUGGACCAAUCUAUUUCUAGCACAUUUAAAUUAAAGACAGAAAAUAAUCAAUUGAUGGAAUCUACAAUUCCUUCAAUAAGUCCUGUAACAACAUUGAAACCUUAUGCUGAAUGUAAGCCAUGUCAAAAGCAAUUUUCUGGUCCCGAACCUUACCAACAACAUUUGGCAAGUGCUGGUCACUUUAAAAAGUGUGGCCAAUCUAAAAUCAUGCUGAAUGAUGAAGCAGAUUCCAAAGUAGGAGAUGCGAAGACUAAUAGUAAUUUGUCUAAUGAUCCCCAGUCAUCUAUAUCUGCUUUUGAACGAUGUGGCAUUUGUCAACUGUCAUUCACUGGACCUUUGCAUUAUCAGAUGCAUCUUGAAAGUGAUAGUCAUAGAAAAAAAGUUGGUAAUCAAUUUUCUGGAAGUUCAUUUGAUGAAAAUCAUUCUAAAAUCAUGCUGAAUGAUGAAGCAGAUUCCAAAGUUGGAGAUGCGAAGAUUAAUAGUGAUUUGUAUGAUGAUCCCCAGUCAUCUAUAUCUGCUUUUGAACGAUGUGGCAUUUGUCAACUGUCAUUCACUGGACCUUUGCAUUAUCAGAUGCAUCUUGAAAGUGAUAGUCAUAGAAAAAAAGUUGGUAAUCAAUUGCCUGGAAGUUCAUUUGAUGAAAAUCUGUCUGUAUUGAAUUGCAGUAUUUGUGACAUGACAUUUUCAGGUCCUAUCCCAUAUCAACAACAUUUAAUAAGUAAUGGUCAUAAGAAGAAAAUUAAUGCUGCUAGAUUAUCCACACAAUUGGCAGCAACUGGAUCAUUAUUUCCACUGGAAUCUAUCACAAAAGCACUUGAGCAAUGCAAUAUGAAUAAUCCAAGGUGGUAUUGUGAUAUAUGUAAAAAACAGUGUUCUGGGCCAAUUCCAUAUAAUUCCCACAUGAUAAGUCGAGAUCACUCAAAAAAAUUAAGAGUUUUGGCUGCAGAAGAAAAUCUGAAGAAGAUGAAAGAAUCAAGCACUUUCCCACAUGUUGAAAAUAAUAAAACUGAUUCUGAUUUGUCUAAUGAAGUGACAUCCUCUGAUCACUUGAAUUCAGUAAUUAAGAAGGAAAUGCAGAUCAAAGAAUCAAGCACUUUCCCACAUGUUGAAAAUAAUAAAACUGAUUCUGAUUUGUCUAAUGAAGUGACAUCCUCUGAUCACUUGAAUUCAGUAAUUAAGAAGGAAAUGCAGAUCAAAGAAUCAAGCACUUUCCCACAUGUUGAAAAUAAUAAAACUGAUUCUGAUUCAUCUAAUGAAGUGACAUCCUCUGAUCACUUGAAUUCAGUAAUUAAGAAGGAAAUGCAGAUCAAAGAAUCAAGCACUUUCCCACAUGUUGAAAAUAAUAAAACUGAUUCUGAUUUGUCUGAUGAAGUGACAUCCUCUGUUCACUUGAAUUCAAUAAUUAAGAAGGAAAUUCAAGAGUCAUCUAUUGAGUAUAAGAUUAAUGAUUUAGAUGUCAAUAUUAAAGGAAAGGAUUCAAAGAUUUUAUCGGAUAAAUUUCAAAUGAAUGUCGAUGAUUUACUUGCUUUACCUAAUCGAAAUAUUAUUCCACCUGAAAAAAUUGAUGUCCCUGUUUUUGGACCAGAAGAUGAAAUUGUUUUUAGUAGCCCUAAGAAAUGUGAGCAAGAAGUUCUUUCAGAAAUGGAUGAAGUGAAAAAUGUGUAUGAUACUGAAAAAAUCUUUCAUAAUAACUGUUUGAAGGCUGAGAAAUCCUAAAAAAAGAACUGAUUGGUGACUCAGAAUACUUAUUAAAUUGUGAGCAUAUCUUAUUAUUUUGAUACUUUUUUUUCUUUUGAAAUUUAGUUUUUUUUUUUUUUUACUGAAACAUUAAGGAUUUUUCAGAAAAUAUUUUUCAUUUAUUAUUUAUUUAACAUAAAUUAAUAGGUGAGAGAUACUUUUUAAUAAGCAUACUUCACAUUAUUUGUUAUAUAAUUUACUAAUUGUUUAAUGUAACUAUAUUUUUUAUAAUUUUGUUACAUAAUAAUUGGCUUAUUUGCUAUUUCAAUAAUAAUAAUAAAAUGGUGGGAAAUUAAUGGUAAACUUAAUUUUAAAAAUUAGAUAACUAGUUCAGAAUAAUUUUUUGGACGUUAUAAUAAUUGUUAAAUUUGAAGUUUGAAUGACUUUUUUUAGAAAUAUUCAUGUCUAUAUUUCACUGUUAAAUGUCAAAUUUGUAUGGAUUUAUACUAAAUAAAUAGGUGUUAGUUGAAAUAAUUUUUACCAUAUAAAGAAUGUAAAUAAUAAGUCUUUUAUAAUUGUAAUAACUUAAUACAUUUUGAUUCUUUAUACCAUUUAUUUUUAUUAUUAUUUUUGUUGCUGUUGUUAUUUUAUAUGACCAAGAAUCUAAAUUUGUUAGUUUUUAAUGCUUGGCUUUUCUUUCAUUUAACAAAUUUUUCAAUAAAACAUCUUAAAAUUUUAAUGCAUUGUUUAUGAUGCAUAAGAUUAUAAUAUGUUUUUGAUUCAUCUUCUACAAACAUAUGUAAGUGUUUAGUUAAACUGAUAUGUAGAUAAAAUAAAUUCAUGAUUACUGUGCUUUGAGUUUGAAAUUCAGAAUUUUUUCCCCUCCAUUUUAAACUAGUCAGUAUCUGAAAUAUAUAUCAAAAAUUGUCUUGCUCAGUGCUCUUUUUUUUUUAUGAUUUAUAUUUGAAAGUAGGUGAUAGAUAAUGUAUGUGGUGAAUGUAUUUAUAAAUGUUGUGAUAAUAAUGUAUUUAUUUUAUGUGGUGAUUUUUUUUUUCACUAAUGUGAAAAGCUAAUAAUUUUAUAUAAAUUUUUCAGAUUUUACAGUUGAAAAUAUUUGUAUACAGCUUUUUUAAUGUAGAGGUUUAGUAUGUUUAUUUUAAUUUUUUAAGAAAAAUUAUAGUCAGUGAUUUUUGUCUGAAUAUGGAUUGCUUUAUAUUUUGCAGCGUAUUUGAAAUAAUAGUACUUUCAUGUUAUGUAUUAUUAUAGCUAUUCCUGCUUAAU